UUUUCAGAGUUGACCAUUUAUAUUGUGAUAGGAGCUUUUUAAGCAAGUGAAACAUGUUUCUGUUUAUAAUGUCCUUUAUUUUUGCAGGUAACUGACAUGAAGCUAUGAUGUUACAUUAGGACAUGUGGAAUUUAAUGUAAUUGGUCUUUGGUAACAGGAACUGUUGAACGUUGUCUAUGAGGUACCUUAUCAUUUUUUUCUGAACUUAAUGCACUCUAUAGUCAGGUUUUGUGUGAAAUGUGUUUUACACAGAGUAAAUUAAUUGCACUUCUGGUUGAUGCAUAUACUGACAUUCUGAUAACAAAUACCUAUAUGUGUUAAAUGUCCAGAACAGCUGCAUCCAUGUCUUGGUUCCCCUGGCUCCUCACUCUGUGGCCCUCCACAGCACUCUCUCUGCUGCUUUUCAGUGCAGUGGUCAGACAGAUGGGGCUGCAGGUGGUUCAGGCGAUAGUGUGCUCCCAUUGGGGUGCACAGAGCGACAAGAGCCUCUCCCAGGAUGGAGAUGUGAUUAUCGGUGGACUUUUUAGUCUGCAUUACAUACCUUCAGCUGUAGAGCAGGGCUUCACCAAGCUGCCACAUUAUGAACCUUGCACUGGUUUAGAUCUAGAGUCAUUAAAAUACACAUAUGCUAUGGCAUUUGCGGUGGAGGAAAUCAAUCGUAACAGCACCCUGCUACCAGGAGUGAAGCUGGGCUACCGUAUACUUGAUAGCUGUUUCCGAUACCCCUGGGCUCUGCAAGUUGCACUGUCACUGGUCGGAGGAGACGCACACAGCUGCAACUUCACAGCCUCUACGUCUUCUUCUGCAGCUUAUGAACAACUUGGAGAGACAGCAGCAGGUGGUCAGCCUGUUCCUUUGCUCAUUGGUGCUGAUGCUUCUACAACAGCCAUAAUGUUGUCCAGGAUCCUGGGGCCUCUCUCUGUGCCCAUUAUCAGCUACUUGGCUAGCUGCCCCUGUCUUAGUGACAGGCCAACGUUUCCUAACUUCUUCAGAACCAUCCCCAGUGAUAUUUACCAAGCCCGGGCCAUGGCACAACUGGCCAUACGCUUCCACUGGACUUGGAUGGGAGCAGUGGUAGUAAACAAUGAUUAUGGUCAAUUGGCGAUACAGGUAUUUCAGGAAGACAUUCAGGGGAAAGGGUUGUGUUUGGAAUUCAUAGAGACUGUCCACAGAGAAACUAUUGUGAGUGAUGCCAGACGUGCAGCACUCACAAUUCAAGCUUCAACUGCAAGGGUGAUUCUGAUCUUUUGCUGGUAUACAGAUGUAAAGGAGCUAUUUCUGGAACUGGCCAAGAGAAAUGUGACUGACAGACAGUUUCUGGCCAGUGAGGCUUGGAGUACCAGUGAUGAUCUUCUCCAAGAUCUUGCCAUCUCUAAAGUGGCAAGUGGUGUUGUUGGUGUGGCCAUUCGAAGUUCAACAAUGCCUGGAUUUGAAAAUUAUCUCAGAAGUUUGCACCCAAUUCAUCAUCCUGAUGAUGAAUUCUUACGAGAGUUCUGGCAAAAGGAGUUUGGAUGCAGUCCUGGAGCUACACAAUCACAUGUAACAAUUCUCUUGUCAUAUUUCUCUUCACCACUCAAAACAAGGUCUGACCAUCCGUCAAAUGUUUCUUCUUUAUCUCCUGCCAAGGGGUCUCUUCGGGAAGCUUCUCUACCAGCUUGCAGUGGGACAGAGUCCCUGGAGGGAGUGCAGCAUCCCUUUACGGACACCUCCCAGCUAAGGGUGGCAUAUAAUGUCUACCUUGCUGUUUAUGCUGCAGCCCAUGCCCUUCACAGCCUUCUCUCCUGCCCCGACAGAUACAGCUCUCCCAGAAACAACAGCUCCACCUGCUCCUCUUUAAAUCAUGUCAAACCCAUAGAGCUGUUGCAGCACUUGAACAAAGUGAAAAUCACCACACCACAAGGGGAAAUGUUUUAUUUCCAAGGAGCUGAUAUUCCAGCAAAGUACGACCUUGUCAACUGGCAGAACACCCCCAAGGGGCCGCUCAAACUAGUUUUGAUUGGUCGUGUAGAUGGGUUUGACCUCCACCUUAACGAGUCAGCUAUUCAGUGGAGCACAGGAUCCAAUCAGGUGCCUGUUUCAGUAUGCAGUAAGAGCUGCCCCCCAGGUACCUGGAUGGCCAACAGGAAAGGGGAACCUGUCUGCUGUUUUGACUGUAUCCCAUGUGCUGAAGGGGAGAUUAGCAAUAAAACUGGUUCUCUUCACUGUGAGCUUUGUCCAUUGGAGUUCUGGUCCAAUGUUGAACGAACUGCUUGCAUCCCUCGCCAGCUGGACUUCCUUUCCUUUAAUGAAACCUUGGGCAUUACUUUGAGUACAGCAGCUGUGUCUGGUGCCACGGUGACAACCGCUGUGUUUGUGGUGUUUCUUUGCUACCGUCAAACACCUAUGGUGCGAGCCAACAAUUCAGAACUGAGCUUUCUUCUUCUUCUGUCACUGAAGCUCUGCUUCCUGUGCUCACUGGUAUUUAUUGGUCGUCCAUCAGACUGGUCUUGUCGGUUCCAGCAGGCAGCCUUUGGGAUCAGCUUUGUACUUUGUGUCUCCUGCCUCCUGGUCAAAACCCUAGUAGUUCUUGCUGUUUUCCGCACAGCUCGGCCUGGAGCUGAAGCCUUGCUGAAGUGGUUUGGCCCUGGCCAACAGAGAGGAAGUGUCUGCCUCUUUACCUGUAUACAGGUUAUCAUCUGUGCCAUAUGGCUGUCCCUCAGCCCCCCAGUUCCUCAACAUGUUCUAGGUUUCCAAGGGUCAAAGGUCACCCUGGAGUGUGCCAUGGACUCUGUGGUGGGCUUCUCUCUGGUUCUGGGUUACAUUGGCCUGCUGGCCUGCACCUGCCUCUUCUUGGCCUUUCUUGCUCGGAAACUCCCUGACAAUUUCAAUGAGGCCAAACUGAUCACCUUCAGCAUGCUAAUAUUCUGUGCUGUGUGGGUGGCCUUUGUCCCUGCUUACAUUAGCUCUCCUGGGAAAUAUGUCGUUGCUGUGGAGAUUUUUGCAAUCUUGGCCUCUAGCUAUGGUUUACUAUUCUGCAUUUUUGCCCCCAAAUGUUUCAUCAUUCUCUUGAGGCCUGAGAAAAACACUAAGAAACGCCUGAUGGCUAGAUAGUUUUUCUGGCUUAAAUGUGAGCGUAUGACUCUUUAUCAUACUUGUCUGGUGGUCCCCCUAACUUGCCCUGGCCCGGUAUCAUGCAUGUGUUCAUGUGUAUGUGUUAUGUCAAUUACUUUCAUCCAAAUAAUGCUAAUUGUUAAUGUGCUUAGCUGUAUGAAGUUACCAUAUGUCUUGCAGCCACACAUAGCUUUCAUUGGUAACUGAAUAUCUAAGAAUACUUCUGCUAUCGUAGAAAAGGUUUCAGUCGUCGUCAUUACGUCGUCAAUACUUCUGCUGUUCUUAGAAAUCAUUAAAUGCUAAAAUAACAUUAUUGAUCCUCCAUUAAAGAAAAACUCACAUUUAAAUUGAAUGUUGCUUACAGAAAAUGUUAAUUUAUUUUGUAUUAUAAUGGUUGGUUGGUCUCUUUUUCUGUGUUUUGAUUGAAUACUGUACCUCAACUGACUAAAAUUAUCCAUCAGUUUCUCAACAGAACAUUUUAUUAAAAAUGAGAUUACAUUGAUAGAUAAUUUAUUCACAGGCUGCUUUUUUAUUUUGAUUGUUUUCCACGCAAGUUUCAGAUUUAACUGUAGAAAAUGUUCUAUAUCUGUCAAUUGUUCAUUCCAAACAUUAAACUGCAUGCACCAAAUAACAA